GAAGUAAAACUGAGUCCUCUGGGGGAUGUGGUCUUGUAAAGGACUUACGUAUGUGGCCUCUAUAAAAGCUCUGUAGCAAAGCAUAUCACGCUGAAAGGGGAGACCAGUGUUUGAUCAAGUGCUGUGUGGGACUCGCCUUUUUUUCUUCUCACAAAAAUAAAUUUCACUUUUUGUGCUAAAAGAAGACAGAGUUUUCUUUUUUGGUUUUACAAGGGACGAUAUUUUCAAGCACAAACCAAGAUAAUUACUCAGCACCAGCAAAGUCUCUGGCUGUGGAAAUCAAAUUAGAUUAGUUAGUGUGAAAUACAAAAUACAAAGAUGAACAGUGUGGCAGAUUGGCUUGUGGAGAACAGGGACAAGAUUGAGAAAGGUGUGGAGAUCAUGGGGCAAGCCUCUGAGGUGCUCGCCGCCACGGUGGGCCAGCUUCAUCCUGUCUUGGAAGCUGUGUUCGUUGCUUCUGCCGAGAUACUCAGCAAUCCGGAUGGCAAAGAGGCUCGCUACUUGACUAAGCAAUUCGAACUGGUCAACCAGCAACUUGAGGGAAUCCAAGAUGAGAUCGAUAAAAUUGCCCUGGAGCUGCAGAAGACGUCGAUGAACAAGCAGAACUUCGAUCGAGAGGCGCAGAUUCUCAGCCAGUACGAAAAGUUCCAGGACUUUGUCAACGCCAAGCCAAAGUUCAAAGAGAAGAAGAUGGAGAAGUUCAUCAGCCAUUACGAGAACACUGAUGCCGAUUUGAACUUGGAUGCCCUCUACAAUUCUGUCACUGGGAAGAACACCUCAGGAGACCCUAUGCUGGAAACAGUACUCACCACUGAGCAGAGAAGCAGGAGGGCAGUUGAGGAUUUCUGCGCCCGGCUGAAAAAGCUCUUUGUGGUGGGUAUUAUUGCCGUCAUGGGCCAUGCCGCCCUCAAGGAAGGGGCGGUGGGAGAGGAGAUGGUGAAAAAGUGGCAGGAACGGAUGGAGGAUGUGGAGAAACGAAUGAAAGCGGCUGUGGAUGACUGUACAGAGAACUUUGCCGAUCAAGCCAAGCUGGACAUGGAGCAUCUUCUUCAGGAGAAUCCCGGCACCGUCAACCAAGACUUCACCAAAACCCUUCUGGAUUCACUUGAAAAGAAAUACGACUGGGUGAACUGGUCCAUCAGAGCUUUUAGCGACAGGGAGCGCAUUUUCUUUUUCAACUGGCUGGCAGGAAAGAAGUACCACGGAAGUGGAGGAGCCAACUGGUUUGACAUUUUGACCAAGAACAAGAUCAAAGUGGUGGUCUCUUUCUGUGUUAACCCCAAGCCCAUUAACAAGAGUCAGAUCCAGGAGCAGAUUGAGAGCCAGAAGCUGAAGGGGAACAUGAUGGGAGUGGCUCUGUCGUUGAACAAGAGCUUCCCCAACUGCCUAGUCCAUGCUGUUAGCCAUUACAAGGAGGUGGUGGAGAUCAACAACUUCCAUGAGGAUUGUUACUACUAUGGGAAACACAAAAGAGCCUACCUGUGUAUCCACCCCGAGUAGCUGCACACGGGAAGAAGUGAACAACAAAUCAAUUUCAUGAAUGUCUUUCCCAGAGAACUGGAAAUAUUUCCAUUAAAUAUAGAAAUGUAUUCAUAAAUAUUGUCUGCGCUGAUGCAUAAUCCGCUAUGUCUGGUUUCUGGUAUGUGAUUAAUUUUCUUAUUUGUGAUUUAUGAUGAUUUUUUUAUUAUUUUAUAUCUUUCCUCUGUUGAUGAUACAGCAGCUUAAGGGUGUUGUAGAAAUUUCAGAGCCUUACAUCUCCAUGCCAGCUUCAAUUUGUUAUGUGCUAUGAAAACUUAGAAUGAUUCUGUCCCCAGUGGAUGUUAUAGGGUUGGGCGAUAUGACGAUAUUAGCCUGUUUGCUGCCAGAGACUUUUGUCAUACACCAACAUACCCAUCCCUUUUAAUCUGUUUACCAUCUCUGGGUGUAUUGGACAAUUGUGGGUAAUGCUGUAAAUCAAUUAGCUUUAUGGCAUUAUUGUGGUGCAGUACCCAGAUUUAUCAGUUUAGAUCUAGAAAAAUUAUAUAAUUUGAGCUUCACUGUUCAUUAAUGGCCCUUGAAAGCUCUAGAACAAGCAAGUAAAUGGACCUUGAGUUGAAACUGUUUAAUCAGCUGCUGUUUCGGACGUCAAAAAUGAACCGUCAAGCUCAAAAUGUAAUGGAAUAUUUGGACAUUUUAGAGAAACCACUGUUUUCUUGCCAAGAGUUGAAUGAGAAGAUUGAUACUGCUCUCGUGUUUGUUAGAUAAUGUGAGCACAGCCAAGAGACAGUUAGCUUAGCUUAGCAUAAAGACUUGAACUAUGCAGAAACUGCUACACUGCCUUUGUCCAAAGGUAAUAAAACCCAUUUACCAGUACCUCUAAAGUAAACUAAUUAUAAGUAUAAAAACUUAAUUUUGUAGAUUAUGUGCUAGAGUAGUUUUUGGCUGAGAGUAGUGACUUCCUGGAGUCUCAACAAAUAAACUCCUGUAUCAUUGUAAUGUUCUUACACUUUGCCUUUUGUUCGAUUAAACAAAUGGGAUCAAAUAUAAUGUGUGAGCAUUAGAAGUGCUUGUAGGCGGACUUUUAUUGCCUUUGGACAAAGCCACUCUAGCUGUGUCCUUUUAGAUCCAGUCUUUAUGCUACGUCUUAAAAUAAGCGUACUUCUCAAAAUGUUGAGAUAUUCCUUUAUGUCAACAUGAAUAAGAAGGUUCUCAGACUAAAGGAGAUAAGUUUAUCUCCCGUCAUAUGAGAUUGUUCAUUUUAUCUCUCUAUUCUUUGAUUGAUUUUCCAAUAUAUUUACUAUCUACACAACGUACAUAGCCUAUCACAAAAUAAAUAAAUGACAUACACUGUGGUAACAGAUUUUAUUGGUAUCGCCCACCCCUAAAUAUAAAUGUGUACAAAGAAAAAUCUAUUCUAAUAUUUGUGCAGCUUUUGGUGCAAUAUAGUGCUACUGGGAAAACUUUAAAAAUCAAUAGUCCACAAUCACUUCAUGAAGAUACUUAUGUAUAUUUUACUUUAAUUUGUAAUAAACAACAAAUAUGAA